UGCUGCUCACAACACUCGCGUGUUUGAAUGAAGGAAGGAGCCCACGAGUACCUUCAGGCUCAACUCGAGAAGAGUACGAUAAACGUUGACUAGUAGCUCUGUAAUUUAGCAAAUUAAACGAUACAUUGUUAGCAUUUAAUCCAACGUGUACGAUCAAGGAUUGAGAUUUAGUACAGUAGAUAACGUAAGCAAUCCCGGCUCGUGUCGUUUGUUGUGCUUGCAUGUUAGCUAGCUAGCCAAUUCUACUAUACUUGCAUGUGCCAAACAAUAAACCAGAUAGUUAAUGUUAUCCAGGUAAAUGUGUUUUUUUCUAACAGUUAACAAACUAUUAUCCAGGACUCCUGUAUAUGAUCAAAUAUGUCCGAAGCACAAGACUUGAGAAAGCGCAGUAAGAAACGUUAUGGCGGCGGACACCGGAGUAAGAAGUACAAGGGUUCCCGGGAGCUCGAGGUGGGCAUGCAAGGUGUCCUCAUCACCUGCAAUAUGAACGAGAGGAAAUGCACCGCGGAAGCCUUCAACCUGCUGAACGAAUACGCCGACCAACUCUACGGACCUGAGAAUUUUAAGGAACCCGAGGAGAGCAGUAGCGAGGAAGAGGAGGAUGAAGAUGUGGAGGCGGCUCUGAAGAAGGAGGUGAAGCAGCUCAAAGCGUCGUCGGGGAAACGGCAGCGGCGCUUUCAGGCCAUGGACAGCGGGGCCAACAACGUCAUCUUCAUCAAGACCAGGAACCUCGACCCUGAGAAGCUGGUGCAUCACAUCCUGUCAGACCUCCACAUCACCAAGAAGAACAAGUCACGAGUCAUCCUCAGAAUGCUGCCGGUGAGUGGAACGUGCAAGGCGUUCCAGGAGGACAUGGAUAAGUACCUGAGUGUGUUCUUAGAGCCGUGGUUUAAAGCCCCCAACCAGGGCAGCUACCAGAUCGCCUUCAAGGCUCGGAACAGCUCCCACAACAAGAGGGAUGACAUCAUCAAGGCCCUGGCAGGCCUGGUGGGGAAGAUGAAUCCUAAAAACAAGGUUGACCUGACCACCCCUGAGCUCACCAUCAUCGUCGAGGUCAUCAAGAGUGUGUGCUGCGUCAGCGUCGUCAGGGACUACACUCUAUACAGGAAGUACAACCUGCAGGAGGUAGCCAAGGAGGAGGGGCCUAAAGAUGGGAAACAGGAAAAGGUCACCACAAAUCAGGAAGAGAUCAAGUCGAACCAGGAAGAGAAGGAUGAGAAACAGGAAGAGAAGGAUGGGAAACAGGAAGAGAAGGAUGGGAAACAGGAAGAGAAGGAUGGGAAACAGGAAGAGAAGGAUGGGAAACAGGAAGAGAUCAAGUCGAACCAGGAAGAGAAGGAUGGGAAACAGGAAGAGAUCAAGUCGAACCAGGAAGAGAAGGAUGGAAAGCAGGAAGAGGGAAAGGAUGCCCCAAAAACAGAUCGGGAAGGAAAUGGGGAGGAAGAGAAGUAGAUCUCUGUACCAGGAAGGGAGAGAAGAAGAGGGAGGGGAAUGAGGGAGGAAGGAGAUCCCUGUACCAGGAUGGGAGAGAAGAAGAGGGAGGGGAAUGAGGGAGGAAGGAGAUCCCUGUACCAGGAAGGGAGAGAAGAAGAGGGAGGGGAAUGAGGGAGGAAGAGAAGGAGAUCCCUGUACCGGGAAGGGAGAGAAGAAGAGGGAGGGGAAUGAGGGAGGAAGGGGAUCCCUGUACCAGGAAGGGAGAGAAGAAGAGGGAGGGGAAUGAGGGAGGAAGGGGAUCCCUGUACCAGGAAGGGAGAGAAGAAGAGGGAGGGGAAUGAGGGAGGGAGGGGAAUGGGACUGAUAAACAACUCAAAAGGCAUCUCACAGUGCAGGUGAUGCAGUCAAUGUGUUUUAGGUAGUUUUACUGUAGAACAGGUCCUAUUCCUGUUGUCCAUUCCAAAUGGAACCCUAAUCCCUAUAUAGUGCACUAUUUUUGACCUGAGGCCUAUGGAUCCCUUGUCAGAAUGAGUGCACUAUGAAGGGAACAGGGUACCAUAGGACCUGGUCUAAUGUAGUGCACUAUGUAGGGAAUAGGGUACCCAACCCUGACUAUGACAAAAUCCCUUCGGUCCUCCAUUUUGUAUCGUCUCCAACAUGUCCUCCUCAUUGCUGACAGUCCAUUGGUCCCCUCUCCAUCACCGAGCUCUCAGUGAAAGCUGACAGUCCAUUGGUCUCCUCUCCAUCACCGAGCUCUCACUGAAAGCUGACAGUCCAUUGGUCUCCUCUCCAUCACCGAGCUCUCACUGAAAGCUGACAGUCCAUUGGUCCCCUCUCCAUCACCGAGCUCUCACUGAAAGCUGACAGUCCAUUGGUCUCCUCUCCAUCACCGAGCUCUCACUGAAAGCUGACAGUCCAUUGGUCUCCUCUCCAUCACCGAGCUCUCACUGAAAGCUGACAGUCCAUUGGUCUCCUCUCCAUCACCGAGCUCUCACUGAAAGCUGACAGUCCAUUGGUCUCCUCUCCAUCACCGAGCUCUCACUGAAAGCUGACAGUCCAUUGGUCUCCUCACCAUCACCGAGCUCUCACUGAAAGCUGACAGUCCAUUGGUCUCCUCUCCAUCACCGAGCUCUCACUGAAAGCUGACAGUCCAUUGGUCUCCUCUCCAUCACCGAGCUCUCACUGAAAGCUGACAGUCCAUUGGUCUUCUCUCCAUCACCGAGCUCUCACUGAAAACUGACAGUCCAUUGGUCCCCUCUCCAUCACCGAGCUCUCACUGAAAGCUGACAGUCCAUUGGUCUCCUCUCCAUCACCGAGCUCUCACUGAAAGCUGACAGUCCAUUGGUCUCCUCACCAUCACCGAGCUCUCACUGAAAGCUGACAGUCCAUUGGUCUCCUCUCCAUCACCGAGCUCUCACUGAAAGCUGACAGUCCAUUGGUCUCCUCACCAUCACCGAGCUCUCACUGAAAGCUGACAGUCCAUUGGUCUCCUCUCCAUCACCGAGCUCUCACUGAAAGCUGACAGUCCAUUGGUCCCCUCCAUCACCGAGCUCUCACUGAAAGCUGACAGUCCAUUGGUCUCCUCUCCAUCACCGAGCUCUCACUGAAAGCUGACAGUCCAUUGGUCUCCUCUCCAUCACCGAGCUCUCACUGAAAGCUGACAGUCCAUUGGUCCCCUCUCUAUCACCGAGCUCUCACUGAAAGCUGACAGUCCAUUGGUCUCCUCUCCAUCACCGAGCUCUCACUGAAAGCUGACAGUCCAUUGGUCUCCUCACCAUCACCGAGCUCUCACUGAAAGCUGACAGUCCAUUGGUCUCCUCUCCAUCACCGAGCUCUCACUGAAAGCUGAUGGGUACAUUUUUUUUUACAUUUCAUUAGAUUUUUAAAAUAGAUACAUUUUUUUUUAACAUAAAGGUGUCAUAUUUUUUAUUUUAUUUAAAUUCCCUAAUUUCCCAGAAAUCCUGGUGGUAGGGUUCUGAGUUCCCUGCUUAGUCCUUCUCUAUUCAGGAUAUCCUGCAUCUGGGACUUUUCAACCCGAGUCACCUGACAGUCUCUCCUCUGUAAAUUAAUGGUAGAAGACUACACUUCUAAGUUGACCCAGUUCUUACAGGGCUGGUUUCCCGGACCCAGAUGAAACAUACUCAUGGACCCAGAUGAAACACACUCAGGGACCCAGAUGGACCCAGAUGAAACAUACUCAUGGACCCAGAUGAAACACACUCAUGGACCCAGAUGAAACACACUCAUGGACCCAGAUGAAACAUACUCAUGGACCCAGAUGAAACAUACUCAUGGACCCAGAUGAAACAUACUCAUGGACCCAGAUGAAACAUACUCAUGGACCCAGAUGAAACACACUCAUGGACCCAGGUGGACCCAGAUGAAACAUACUCAUGGACCCAGAUGGACCCAGAUGAAACACACUCAUGGACCCAGAUGAAACACACUCAUGGACCCAGAUGAAACAUACUCAUGGACCCAGAUGAAACAUACUCAUGGACCCAGAUGAAACAUACUCAUGGACCCAGAUGAAACAUACUCAUGGACCCAGAUGAAACAUACUCAUGGACCCAGAUGAAACAUACUCAUGGACCCAGAUGAAACAUACUCAUGGACCCAGAUGAAACAUACUCAUGGACCCAGAUGAAACGUACUCAUGGACCCAGAUGAAACAUACUCAUGGACCCAGAUGAAACACACUCAUGGACCCAGAUGAAACAUACUCAUGGACCCAGAUGAAACACACUCAUGGACCCAGAUGAAACACACUCAUGGACCCAGAUGAAACACACUCAUGGACCCAGAUGAAACACACUCAUGGACCCAGAUGAAACACACUCAUGGACCCAGAUGAAACACACUCAUGGACCCAGAUGAAACACUCUUUCAUUGAGAAUCUCCAUUGAAAGUGCUUCUUAGUCCAAGGGCUGUUAUGGAUCAUGUGUCUCAGAGUAGGAGUGCUGAUCUAGGAUCAGGUUCCCUCUGUCCAUAUAAUUGUAUUUGUUAUAAUCUUAAAGACAAAACUGAUCCUAGAUCAGCUCUGAGACCAGGAAUGUAGGCCUGAUCUGAGUGCAGGACUCUCUUGUAUACUGUCCGAUAAUGGAGGUAUACUGUAAUAUACCUUUUUGUUUUGUAGAACAGAGUAACCCCCCCCCCCCAAAAAAAAAACAGAUCCUUUAAAUAAAGUGAUUUUUUUGUGUUUUUAUA